AUGAGCUCUGUUCUGGGUAGUGAGGUCUUUGCAGAAAACCUGACCUUUGUCACCGAAUUCCUGUUGCUGGGUUUUUCCAGCCUUGGUGAAAUCCAGCUUGUCCUCUUUGUAGUUUUUCUUUUUCUGUAUCUAGUCAUUCUCAGUGGUAAUGCCACCAUUAUCAGUGUCAUUCGCCUGGAUCAAAGCCUCCACACACCAAUGUACUUCUUCCUGGGCAUCCUCUCAACAUCGGAGACCUUUUAUACCUUUGUCAUUCUACCCAAGAUGCUCAUCAAUCUCCUGUCUGUGGCCAGGACCAUCUCUUUUAUCUGUUGUGCCACUCAAAUGUACUUCUUCCUCGGUUUUGCUAUUACCAACUGCCUGCUCCUGGGAGUGAUGGGCUAUGAUCGCUAUGCUGCCAUCUGCCACCCUCUGCAUUAUCCCAUCCUCAUGAAUUGGCAGAUGUGCAGGAGACUGGCAGCUGCCUGCGGGACUGGAGGCUUCUUAGCCUCACUCAUAGUAGUAAAUCUAGUUUUCAGCCUUCCUUUCUGUAGUGCCAACAAGGUGAACCAUUACUUUUGUGACAUCUCCCCAGUCAUUCGCCUGGCUUGCACCAGUACAGAUGCUCAUGAAUUUGUCAUAUUCAUCUGUGGGGUUCUUGUACUCGUGGUACCAUUUUCAUUCGUCUGUGUUUCUUACUUCUGCAUUCUAAGGACUAUCUUGAAGAUCCCCUCUGCUGAAGGCAAACGGAAAGCCUUUUCUACCUGUGCCUCUCAUCUUACCGUUGUCAUUAUUCACUAUGGCUGUGCUUCCUACAUCUAUCUGAGGCCAACGGCAAACCUCGUGUCCAACAAGGACAGGCUGGUAACAGUGACAUAUACCAUUGUCACCCCAUUACUAAACCCCAUGGUGUACAGUCUCAGGAACAAGGAUGUCCAAGUGGCUAUCAGAAAAUUUCCGGGAAAGAAAGAAUCUCUAAAAUUAUAUAACUGAAACAUUAAAUUUUAGAUGUUAUAGAAAGUAAUGACCUCCUCAUUACA